UCUUUUGUGAUUUAACUCAACUUUAAUCCGACAAACUUAAACCGGUUACGUAAUUUCAGAUGAUAGGCAGUAAGCGAAACGCAACUUAAUCAGGUCAUCAGUCUGACUGACUUAUGUCAAAGUAGUCGAACCAUGAAUAGGUUAUGUUAUGUUCUGUAAUAUUUCCUAGUUACUUAGUGUAUAAUUUAUCCAUGUUAGCGUCCUUUAAAAGGAGUGUAGUUAGAACAUUGCACCCGUAGAGACCUAAGGGCUAAAUUAAACGUACUACUUAAUAACCUUGACAUCUUAUGACAUAACCUUAAUCAUAGCCCUUUACCGCUUAAUUUAUUAUUUUAUGACUUAAAUUCCGUUUAUUAUUUUUAGAAGCAUGUACAAAAGUAUUCUGUUAACACGGUUACCAAUAAAGUUUAUAAGAAACGAAUUUUUAUCCCAAGUGUGUGGAAUCAAGAAGGUUCCUCAUAAUAAUCAGCAAUGGGCCAGACAGUUAUCCAUAUCGUACAUUUGUUGCAAGAAAAGGAGAUCACCUGAGGAAAAGGAAGCUGAAAGCCAUGGAAGAUCAUCAAUCAGGUACUCACCAAAGAGUGCUGAGGUGGUUGGCAUAUGGCGCAAUAUGACAGUACAAGAAAUAGCACAAGUACUUAACAAAGACACAGAACAUGUAUUCAAGGCUUUAGAGUUUGCUGAUAAGAACUCUGAGGUGGAAUACAAGGAGAACACAGUGAUACACAACCCUCAGAUCAUCAGGGAUGUUGUCAAAAUAUCUGGUUGUAGGUUCAAGAUUGUGCCAAGACCUGAUCAGGAGUUGGAAACGGAGGAGAAUAAAGAUGCAGUGCCGGCGCCGCCUGCUCCGCCCGAGGCCCUCAAACCGCGGCCGCCGGUUGUCUGUGUGAUGGGUCACGUGGACCACGGGAAGACAACCCUACUGGACGCUUUGCGAGACACUUCGGUGGUUGAUCAAGAGUUCGGCGGGAUUACACAGCAUAUUGGCGCUUUUGAAGUGCAACUAGCAUCAGGUGACAAAGUAACAUUCUUGGACACGCCGGGCCACGCGGCCUUUACGUCCAUGCGCUCCCGCGGCGCGCACGCGACUGACAUCGUGGUGCUGGUGGUGGCCGCCGACGACGGCGUCAUGGAACAGACCGUUGAGUCCAUACGGAUGGCGAGGGAGGCUAACGUUCCAAUAUUGGUGGCGAUCAACAAAAUCGACAAGCCAGGUGUGAACAUUGAACGUACGAUGCGAGCGUUAUCAACGCACGGCAUCAUCUGCGAAGCUGUCGGCGGUGACGUGCAAGCGAUACCGGUGUCGGCGCUCAAGAAGACGAACCUGGACACUCUGGUAGAGGCCCUCACUCUUCAGGCGCAGCUCAUGGACCUGAAGGCCGACCCUGGAGGGUAUGUGGAGGGAGUCGUCAUUGAAGCCCAAAUGGAUGCCAGGACCGGAAAACAAGCAACAGUAUUAGUGCAACGCGGUACAUUAAGACGUGGGAGUAUAAUCGUCGCUGGAAACGGUUGGGCAAAAGUCCGAGUGCUAAAUUCAGCGGAAGGCCGACUGGUGCAAGAAGCGCCCCCGUCGACGCCUGUCUCUGUGUUAGGAUGGAGAGAGUUGCCAUCGGCUGGAGAUCAGGUUCUAGAAGUCAGUUCAGAGAAACGUGCCAACGAGGUGAUGCGCUACCGCAGCAGCCAGCGCAUGCGCGACAAGCAGGUGUCAGACCUGAGCGCCAUCAGCCGGGCGCAGGCCGCGCACCGCGCCGCCUACCGCGCGCGCCUGGCCCGCAAGCGCGCGCUCGGCCGCUACAAGCUGCGCCCCGACGGGCCGCGAGAGAAGAUGCUGCAGCGCGACACGCAUCCCACGCUCAGCGUGCUCGUUAAAGGCGAUGUGGACGGGUCAGUUGAGGCUAUCCUGGACAUCCUGGAGACUUACGACGAGCACGAGCGCGUCAGACUCGACCUCGUGCACUUCGGAGUGGGCGCCGUCACGCCUAACGACUUAGAGAUAGCAGAAAUGUUUAAAGCUGUGAUAUACGCGUUCAACGUGGACUGUCCAACGCCGCUCCUUCUAGACGCUAAGAAAAAGAACAUACCCAUUAAGACGCACAACAUUAUAUACCGACUGGUCGACGACGUCAAGGAAGAGAUCAGCGCUAGAAUCCCAAAGAGGCUGGAAGAGGAAUAUAUAGGUGAAGCAAACGUACUACAACAGUUUAUUGUAACGGAGAACAAGAAGAAGGUCCCAGUAGCGGGCUGCAGGUGCGUCAAGGGAAGUCUAUCGAGGAACGCGCUUUACAGAGUGAUUCGGGGACAAGAAGUAGUAUUCGAAGGUAAACUAGCAUCAAUGAAGCAUCUGAAGGACGAGGUCCCCACAAUAAAACGUGACAUGGAGUGCGGCCUGCGCUUCGAGGAGGCUUUCGCCGUCCAGCCGGGAGACACCGUCGUGUGCUACAAGAUGGUGGACGCCAGCGACACCACCGCCUGGGACCCUGGCUUUUGAUCAUACUAGUAAAAUUAUUAAGUAGA